AAGCGAAGAAGAAGAAGAAGGAGGAGGAGGAGAGGAAGAGGAGGAACAGGAACAGGAACAGCGGCGGCGGCGUCGUUCUCGUCCUAACACCUCACACGCUUCCUUCUCACAGUCGGAUGAAAAACGGCUUUGCGAGCAACAUUACCCGUACGGACGUCAACUUGUUGGACUUCCUCACGACUUUCCUCGACUCGUUAGCUCGUUAGCACAAUACAGCGACGCGAUGGGCCGCGGACGCAAGCCCAAUCCAGACGGACCGCCGCCACCGGGACCCUUUGGACCGCCGCCCCCUCCGGACUGUUGGCCGCGGCCCCCCGGAGACUGGGGCCCCCCUCCCCCCGGAGGCUGGGGCCCCCCGCGCCCGCCCGGAGGCUGGGGCCCCCCGCGCCCGCCCGGAGGCUGGGGCCCCCCGCCCCCUCCCGGAGGCUGGGACCCCCCGCCCCCUCUCGGAGGCUGGGACCCGCCCCCUCCCGGAGACUGGGGCCCUCCCCCGCCUCCGCCCCCGCCCGGAGGAUGGGACCCCGGCCGACCCCCAUCACCGUGCUGGGGGCCUCAUCCGGAGUGGAUGCCUCCCCCGCAAUUGGACCCCAACUUGCCUCCUCCUCCGUGCUGGGAAUACCCGGGCUGGGGCCCGUACGGUCCACCGCCCCCUCCCUGCCUUCCUCCGCCUCCUGACGUCGGCGAAGCACCCCCGGGCUGCGUGCCUCCUUUGGGCUUCCCGGGAUACCCCGCCCCCGCAUGGACGCCCGCGCAGGAAGCGGCAAGCGAUCCGGUGCCAGAGCAGCCCGAGUGGAUCAAAGCGUUGAUUUCGGCGCCGCCCCCGGACAGCGUCCCGGCCGAAAGUAAGACGGCGGCCGGCGAGCCCGCCGCCGGCCUCAAGACUGCAGCUCCCGACUCCGCCCCCGCAGCAGAAGCCGGCGUGGCGGCCAAAGCGUUCGGUCUGCUGGGAACGCGAUCCUUUGACAAGCCACCGGCGGGCAGAUCGACGGGCAUCAUCGCCUUCAUCGGGCCCACGUUCGGCUACAUCGAGCGAGAAGACAUGGAGAAGUACACCUUUGACUUCAACGCCUUCUUCGGGAACCCCAAAGCAAUGAAGCCCGGCGUGCGAGUGCACUUCACCGCCUGCAACUUGAAGAGUGGCCAGAUCGCGACGGACGUGAAAGUGGCUCCGGGCGGCACGGAGAACGUGGAUCCGGACAUCUACGAGGGCGUAGUCAGCCAGCCCAUCGUGGAAGCGCAGCCCGGCGAGCGGCAGUUUCCCGGUCAGGUGCACGUGGACAUCAAGCCGUUGAGGACCAACCUGGCGUUCGACCGGAAGGACAGCACCGUCACGUUGCUCAAGAACGACCAAGUUCUCAUGAACCUGCUGAGUGACAUCGUCACCGAAAAGAGGCGCGCCACCAACAUCCGACCCAAGCUUCCCGACACGUUCCAGUUCACCAAGGAGACCCGCGAGAAGGGCGUCAUCGUCAGCUUGGGCGGUGUCGAAGGCGUCAUCAAAGCAGAUGCGCACGGCGAGCUUCCUUUCGACCUCAAAGAGAACUUCAGUGACGUGGACUUGACCGCCGAGGACGUCAAUGAAGAAGUGGAGUUCACCCUCCACAAGCUGCGAGCGGGCAACCGAGCCAUUCGCAUCCGGCGGGUGAAGGAGCCUCUGCUGCUGACCCUCUGCAGCCCCGCCUCAAAGGUCAUGACCCUGCCGCCGGUGAAGGUCAAACCGGCGCCGGCCAACAUGUGGCUGGACCCCGAGCUGUACGAGGGCGUGGUCAGCCAGCCCAUCAUUGAGCCCACGGCGAGCAUGCAGGGCUACCCGGGGCAGAUCUUCGCCAACAUCGGACCCCUCCACACAAACGUGACCUUUGACCGACGAGACUGCGGCGUCACACUGCUGAAGAACGACCGCGUGCUCCUUAGCCUGCUGGUGGACCUGAACACCAGGAAGAAGCGGGCCGCCAACAUCCGACCCAAGAUCCCCUUCACCUUCGUCCAUACCAAUGAGAAGCGAGAACUGGGCAUCGUCAGCAGCCUGGGAGAGUCUGAGGGCGUCCUGACCUCGAAGGAGCACGGGAAUCUGCUCUUCGACCGCUGCGAGAACUUCAGCGACACAGAGUUUGACGCCGGAGACAUCAGCAAGGAGGUGGAGUUCACUGUUCACAAGGACGAGGACGAGAAGAGAGCCAUCAGACUCCGGAGGACCAAGAUGGUCGAGGAUCGAAUCGUGACGGAGAAGAAGAGACGGGAAGAGGAGGACAAGAAGAAAAAAGAUGGGGAGGAGGAAAAAGACAGGAAGCGGAAGGAGGCGGCGUCUGCGGCGCUCGCCGCCGCCAAAGACAAGUGGACGCUGCUUGGCUUCAGCGUUCCCAUUCCUGACACCCAGCUCGAAAUCAGCAAGGAACGCUUCGACGGCACCGUCCUUAAAGCGGCCAGAAGAAGCCACGUCAAAAAGGAGCCCCCGGACGAACAGGUGAAAACCAAGGUGGAGGAAGUGAAGAUCAAGAAGGAGCCUCAGGACGACCAGGUGAUGGUCAUAGAAGAAGAGGUGAAGAUCAAGGAGGAGGAACUAGACACGGAACAGCAAGCGGCCAUGGAAGGAAAGACAGAAGAGAUGCAAGGCGGAGUCGAGAGCCCCGAGGAGGCGGGGCGUCUGGUGAUGACCAUCGACGGUCGUCAGAAGCAGCUUCCUUUCGGCCGCGCCGAGCUGCUCACCGGCGCCACCAUGUUGACUGGUGACAAGGUGCGGUUCAACGUGGCAACCAAUCGGGAGACCAAAGAAGAACGAGCCACUUUUGUGCAAAUCCUUCCUGCCUCAUUUGAAGAGUCCACGGAACAACGACGACAUGGAAUCGUCAUCGAGUUCUCCGAGGAUUGCGGACUAAUCAAGUGCACGCAGAACCCUCAACUCUUCUUCUACAUGUCAGAAUUCAUCGGAAAAAAGAAGCUGCAGCUGAACGAGAAAGUGGAGUUCAGUGUGGUCCCGCAUGAAGAAGCGGCGGGUGGCCACCAGGCCAUCAGGAUCACACGUUGCACCGAGAAUGUUUUCCUGCCCACCAGAAAACUGGGCGCCAUUGCCACCGGCAAAGGGAAGAUGACCAUCAAGCUGGCCAAAGUUUCAGAAGACUCUGAGAAGGAGGUGCCAAAGACAGACAGGCUGAAGACAGUAGUGAAACAAUUACGAACUCAGGACAAGCGCACUACGAGCAAGCGUCGUGGCUACAGCGGGAGUCCGAGUCGCAGCCGCAGUCCGAGUCGCAGCCGCAGUCCGAGUCUGUCCAAAGACAAAUUUGGACGUGAAAUCAAAAGGAGACGCAGCACUAGUCUGGAAGACAAGCGCAAAAGCAGCCGGCAUAGACGAAGCGCGAGUCGAGAAAGGUCCCACAGACGUACGAGAAGUCGGAGCAGGAGCAGUAGCAGAGAAAGAUCUAGGAGGAGAAGGAGCAAAGUCGGUGGAGAGCAAGAAGGACACAUGAGGAGGAGGGAGCGCAGUCCUCCUCCCAGGGCUUGUGCUGGACCAGUGGAUGACGAGCUGGCGAGAAAGAAGCGAGAGUUGGAGGAGCUCAAUGAGAUGAUUGCUUUCAAGAAGUCACUGAUGGAUCCCCGAGGCUCGGAGCCCGGACAGCGAACUUGCAUCGACUACGAUCACGGCCGGAUCGCUAACCCUUUGGCAGAGUUCAGACCGGUCCGCUCCAUUUUGAAGAAACGACCAGAGGACCCCGAGUACGCCCGCCAUCUUCCUCCGCUUUACGACAAUCCUUAUUACGACAGGCCGUAUCUGCGUUUUAGUGAGCGGUAUGCUGAUAGCUUCCCUCGCUCUUUUGCAAGCCAUCCGUAUGGCGACCAGCCUUACAGCAGUCAUCCGUAUGGUAAAGUUCUGUAUGAAAGCUCUUCGACCACCGGCCAGCGUUACACCGACCGCUACGAUGUUUACGACGAACCGUACGACGAGCCGUACUGCGAUCCGACGUAUGCGGACCGACCUCAGCACAGUCCCUACGCAAAGAGCCAGGUUUCAGAAGCCUUUGCGUCGUCAUCAACUUCUGCCUCUUCAUCUUUGCAAACGACCUUCAGACCCUCUUCUCCCACACAACCGCUAUCCAAAAGCUCCUCGCCAAGCCGCACAAACACAACACCACCCCUGCUCCAGAAGCCCCCGCUUGAUCGCUUUCUUGAUAUGCUUCAGAAGAAGGUGAUUCCUGAAAAACGAGUGGAACCAGUUUCUGUCAGCGACGAACUUCUGCCACAUGAGCGAGCGCUUGAAGACGGCAAAGGCUUUUCUCGGAUUGUGGGUCUGGCUCAAGAGUCGCCCGGCGGCUGUGUCACUUUGGAAGGUGAGAAAAGGUCACCUUCAAUGGAGAAAGCAGCUGACCCGCCCAAGAGCAAGACUGCUCCCUACAGCCAGAUCCAGACUUUGCUGCGUACCAUUGGCCUGAAGUUGACAACAGGAGACAUGUCACAGCUGGCCAGCUGUGCCUCAAAGUCCUCGCCCACAGACACCAUCCCGCCCGCCUCGCCCUCCAGGUCGUCCAGUUUAGAGCCUCCCAGCAAAAGGAAAGAGGUCUCUGAGUAUGAAGAAUUCCUCGAUCAAGAAGAAUUGGAGACACUAAAAAAGGCCCAAGAGCUACAAGAUCUUACCAAGACGAUGGGAAGCACGGCAUCAACACCCAGACCUCCUCCUGGGCCUCCACCUGUACACUACCGGCAUCCAUCACCUCCAGUUAACUGGCCUCUGGAGAUUUCCUCGAAAGCGUCUCCUCCUCCUGCGGCUGGCCGUCUUCCUCCGGGACCACCUCCUGGACCGCCUCCCCGACGUCCUCCUGGACAGCCUCCUUUCAUGGUGUCCUCCAGGGAUUCCAAGCUGCCUGUAGCUCCAGCCCUUUGCUCCUCCAGUCCUGCCCCGCCUGGAACCGCCGCCCAAGUAACCCCGCCGCCACCAGCGACUAGCAGCGAGGAGCAGUCUAACAUCUCCACGACGGUGGCCAAAUGCCUGAAGGUCAUCGAGAGCGUGAAGUCUCUGGCUGCCACACCGACAGCAAAAACUCUGAAAUCAGUCCAGUUCACUUUACCGUCAGAGUCGGCGUUGGCCUCCGGUCCUGCUGGCUCACUGCAGCAAGUUGGUGACGUGAAAAGCAGGCAGAAGGAGAAGCUGGAUUUGAACAACCAGAAGAUGGUAGACCCGCGAAAACAGCAGUCCAAGGACAUGCAGGCGCACAAGAAACGAGGCAAUGGCGCCGUGAUUGCUCCAGCCUUGAUCCUCUUUUGUGGAUCUGAUUGAAGUCACUUUCAGUAGCAGGUUUCAUGAAGAUGCUUCCACCGUGGAAGAACAAUGGAAUACUGUAUGUCUAUGUAGCUUGUCAGUCAUCCAGGUCACGGUAAUCUUCAAAAGUUGAAUGAAGGCAAAGAAUGGAGGAUGGUUCACCUUUAAUCCAAAACGCUGCUUCAUUGUACAUUUUCGGGAGCUGUCAGUAAGUACGGUUGGGCAUCGUUUGAAUUUGAGCAAUUCCGGUCCUUCGUUUCGAUUCCGGUUCCAGACGAUUCUCGCUUCCGAUUUGUUUAGGGGGCUGGGUCAAAAAGGUUUGCAUGGUUGAAAUAGAGGGUGUCCGAAUGACGAACGUCCCUUUCCUUAGCAGCCUGCAGCAUCAACCAAAAAUGAACAUUUGACUUGGCUUUCUUUAUAAUCGCUAUCAAUAUAAAACCUACAUGAACUAAAAGGCAACGUAUUCAUUCAUUAUUUCCAGCUAAAAGUUAAAUCUAGCAUUGUUAAGUUUUAUCACAUCAAAUGGUUUAUCUGCGCAAGUUUUUACUUGACUUCCUGUUUUAAGCAUGUCGCCUUUUAUCCCGAACUCAGCAGGAAAAAUGACUUCAAACGACACGAAUUGACAACGAGAACGAAACGGAGUAAUGAAUGGAACCCGAUGCUCUGUAAAACGUUGAUUCCGUUCCCCACACACCGGUUAGUGUUUGUGAUACUGUGAGACAACCUUUCUGUGAAUUUUGUCCCAAUUCAUUGUGAUGUAAAGUUGCUAGUUUGACCUUUGGUGAGGUUUGAGCUCAAUGUUAAGCUAGUAAUGAGACUCUUUCUACUUUCUUCCCAGUAUGUUAAAGUGAUUUAUAUUGAGUAAUUGAACGCUAAAAACCACGAAUGCAAGAGCGCGGCCUCAGUGUUGCCGUAGACGUAUUGCAUUGUUUCGGUCACCCGAUUGACUUGACUGACGUUCCGCGCGGUGUGGGCUGAGGCUCGGGGAGGGAGGGAGGGAGCGAGCGAGCGCAUCAGACUUCCACACAUCGUGAAAGUACCUUGGGACAAUAUAAGCGUGGCACCGAGGUGACUGCUCCUGUAUUUUGACACAGUUAACACUUUUGUUCACCGCUGCCGUUUGGCACAAGCACGUUCUUCCUCAUUGGUUUUCGCCACUUUCUUCUUCGGGGUGGGCGGACCGUAGUCCUCCGUACUGGGAACCAAAUCAAUUGAAUUGGAACAAUUCCGAGAGAACCGGAAGGUUAGUCCCGGGGUGGGGGACUCGUCACCUAAAAUGUAGAAGUUGAGAAUCCGUUUGGAAUAAACAACAACCAGAAGAGACCCUUUGCCUCCAUUCAACUGGUUUUGAUCCCUAGCAAGUAGUAGUGUUUGAGCGCAGCUGUCGAGAAAAGAAGUUUAACUGUUUGUCUUCACAUACUUUUGCUAGCAUAUCGCCUCAAAUUUAUGCUGCCUACUGUGCGCAGCUUUGCUAAAGUCUUACUUUUCAUGUAACGGUAAAGGUCCACGCCAGAUGUUUACGAUAUCAAGUCAUAGAUUAAGUCGUCGCCUAGGUAGCUAGCUAGCUAGCUAGAUAGACAUAUGUCUCAUUGCUGCUAAACUGACUCCUACUUUCCAGGUGAGUCGAACAUAGUUUUCGUCAUCUCUUCACAGUCUGAUGGAUCUUCACUUCACGUGCAGGAACUUUGACCAUCGAGUGUCUUUAUGCUAAACUUGUUGUUUUGUUUUGUGUUGGGUUGAAUGAGUCGCGCUACUAGCGGUUUCCCACAAAACAGCUUUCAAGGACAUGGCUUGAUGUGACUUAGGGAACAACAGGUUUAAAUGUGCAAAAUGUUUUUAUCUCUGGUAAAGUUGACUCACUGCUACGUUUGUUCACAAUUUAAAGAAUGCGCCCAGCCAUUAGCAUCUAAGCUAGCACGGCAGAAAUGUGAGUUCAACUUUGUUGUUUUAGAAUGACGUGUCAGCAAGCGAGCAAGCUUUGGAGCUCCUGUGAACGUAAAGUGUGAAAAGCAUAAAGCUUGAGUUUUAUCAGAGCCACAGAUGUAAGCCAUGUUCACGAAAGCUUUCGCUAAGGAAAACCUUUCUGCCUCAAGACGUCACUUUGGACAGCACGCCGUGCACAUUGAGACAAGGUGUUAACUGUAGUUUGUUGUCAAAGGCUGUUGUGUUUCGCCUGUGGUAAGUGUUGGUUCAGAGUCAGGGUAAGUAAAGUCGCCAUCUUUGUUAUUCUGACAACAUUCAAACUUCUACAGUGGGCGAUAUAGCGCACCAUUCCAUUCAUGUUUGUCAGCUAAAAUUAGUGACGUUUUGACAUCCGAUUCCUCGAAAUGGUUCUUUACAAAGCUGAAACAUUUUAUCUGUGCGAUGGCAUGCAACGGCUUGUUUAGUGUACAACAUAGUUUAUCUUCGAGCAAAAGUUGUUUUACUUCUUCCAAAGAGACGCACGCGGACACCAGGACCAAGCUAGUCACAAUAGCUAGACGUGGGAAUACGUUUCACACCAAGCCUGUUAUGACAAGUUAGCCCCUCCCCUUGGAAAUACACACCUAGUAGCACCUUCUUGCUAGCUAGCUAGCUAGCUACAAUAAUGUGGUACUUUGCAAUCUGUCUGUAUCAAGAGUGUGGAAUAGAAAUGUUCUUUUUUCACUGAAGAGAAGUCUUGUGACACGAGAACUGGACUUUUGGUAGUAGCCAACGUUUGCUUGUGGAGCGGCUUAAGCAGCUCUUUGUCUGAUCCAGUGUUUCCCAACCUGCGUUGAGCCAAGGCACUUUUACCGUACAUGAGAAAAAUAUCACAUCUGGCAUACCACAGAAAGAAAAUGUCCCCCAAAGUAUAUACGCUGAAAUGUCGUCGUCCCAUUUCAGUCACAAAUUGCCUUACUCUCUGAACACAUUAAUUAAUUUGAACACAUCGCUGGAUAUACAGUUUAAUUGGCACCUUCUGCCGUCGAGUGGAAUAGUCUUCCAUUUUUUCUGCUUGUCGCUAUGCAUCGUCGGCAUAGAUAGAUGGAUAACGAUAUAAAGAUCCAAACUAAAAGUUUUUUUUUUUUUAGCCAAGACCGUACAUUGUUUUAGUCAUCAUGAAGUCAAAAAUGAUCUCUCACGGCACAGUGGUUGGGAAUCACUGGUCUGAUCGUUGGAGCGUUUGCUCAUUUGCCGCUAAAUGAGUCUGAUCGCCAAAGGUAAGUGGGCAAUCAUUUUGAUUUUUCAAACUUUUGAGUUCACGCAUGAUGUUCUGCGGGCGCUAGCUAGCUCACCUUUGAUGUAAAAGCUAUCAGCUAAGAGGAACUUAAGCGGUUUGUGAAGCAGCUUUGGAGCGCCAUCCAUCAGUUUUCCUUCAUGUCCACAGGAAAUCCACUCGGCAUGGGCCCCUGCAACGUUUGGAUCUGCGGUCAUUCGUUGGUGUGCUGGGCGGAGUCGCGGGCCAAGUCUGCGGAGGUAGGUGCGCAGCUGGGCAUGGACCCUGGCAAGGUGGUCCUCUGGUGGAAGGGG